AUGCCUUGCUAUUAUAGAGCAGAACAAUUCAUCUGCUCUCUUAAGGAAACCGACCAAAGUAUACGCGAUUUCGAAUUUGACUGUCAUCAGGCUGCUCAACUAUUCUUCCAUGAAACCAAUGAAACGCGCUUCCAAAUUCGUGGUUUCCUCCUUGACUACGAAAAUGACAUCAAGUUGCUAGCACCUUACAGUCCUUUCGUAGCUAGUGCUCUUCAGAUCUUGCCAUUGAUACAUGCCGAAAUGGCGCCCACAAUGCACUCCGCAGGUAUAUACGACCACUACAAUGAAAGAGGAAAGAAGAUGCGGCGGACUGUGCAGAACCUUCCAAAGGAGUAUAAUGAUUUCAAGGUUUCGAUUGAGAAUCUUUCGACUGCGCUUUUCCAUAAUCCAAAUAUUUGCGAUCCUGAGGCAAUUUUAGAUCUGUAUCAAAAAUGUUAUGCCAAUUGCUUUCUAUUCGUUCAGGAAAAUUGUUCGGACGUUGAGGAUGCAGUGAAGGUCUUCUUUCAUCUUCGCCGUAAAAUACGUCGUCACCUAGAUAGACCUGAUGAUGACGUCGUUUCAGAUAAUUACAGCUGUUCGGAUUAUUCUUACGAAUCUUUCAGUUCUCUCAGUCAACUCUCUGACUUCGAAGAACCAUUUUAA